AUGGGCGGCUCAAACUCCACCAAGCGAGGGGUCACGUACAAGAAUGGCAGCCCCGCCUUCAAGGGCGAUGAGGUGGUGAAGGGCUUUGAUAAGGACAAUGGUCUUCUCUUCCGCAUCGUUAAGAAGAAGAAGGGGGGGGAGACGUGGGCCUUCUACAACGACACAACGCAGUACAACAUGGUCAUCAAGGUCAUCUUCACUACUGGCUGCGAGCUAACCGCACUCGGGAGCACAAAGUUAUUAGAGAGGGAGAAGGGCGAGUGGGUUGCCACUGUCAUGGUGAUGCCUGGCAGGACGGAGAUGUUUGUAGAGGGGAAAAUCGAAGGCUUCAAGUCGAAUAUGGACGCCUACCCCGUCAUGGGCGACAACAGCGGCAAUCGUCUGGCUAAAGUGGGAAUGAAAGCGAGCUGA